UCACACAGUCACAGUCGUUAGUCGUCCGUCAAUACAGCAACAUGGCGUAAAUGGCGCGUUUGUGUUGGCUUAGGAAAUUAAGCUAAUGUUAAGUUAAUUUGCGGUUUGUGUAGUGAAUUUUAGUAGUUUAGAGUAAUAUUAUUGUGAACAAAUCAUAAAAUGACUGCAUAAAACAACGUUUCUCAGAUGAGAAUGAAGUGGUAAUGGAAUCCCUUGAAGACUCAAAUUGUCACUCCAUGAGCGAUAGUUUUUCUUUGUAUGAAAGGUAUUUGAGAAGUUUUAAUGUGGUUGAUCCGUUGAUCGAAGAAAGUGUUAAUCGUGAACAGAACGAGUUUGCAUCAUUGAACAACUGUGAUUCGGAGAGUUCACAAAGCGGAGGUAACGUAGAGUUGUCAGUCGUAACAUCAACCAAUGUUAUAAAUAAACAUUGUGAAACAGCUGAAACCGAGAACAGUUUGCUUAAUCAAAUAGUUCAUGAUAACAUCACAGACAAGGGGUCUAGUUUGGAUACCGAUUUGGGUGUUAAAAUAAAUUCACCUUGUUCACCGCUCGCGGCAUCGCUGCUUGAGAAUUCGUUUGCAACGAUAGACCACAGUUUGAUUAACGAUAAAUCUAACCCAGCUGAUAUUCACAUAUCAUCAGAAGACUCGAGAACUGAGACUGUCAAGCAUCCUAUGUUCAUAACCCCUACUAUGGAGAACAGCAACAAUGCAGUAGAUAGUGUGCCUCUGUUUAGGCACGUGAGGCCUUCUGAAAACGUUUUCAAGUUGCCUAUUAGUGAAUUGUCUUUUAAUGGUACCAUAAAGCAUGUUCAGAAGCUGAAGCCUAUUGUGGAUCCUAUCUCAGCAAUGAGUUCCAACACUGGAUUAGCUCAUUUGGAUGAAAAACGUGGGGAGGAGAGCUGUGAACCUUACACUAACAGUAAUGACAAUGCAGAGUCAAUUAUUGAGAGCAAUGAUGGUGACCAGAGAGGCAGUGAUAUGUCUGACAGUGUAAGUGAUAGGUUAGACAAAGCAUCAGAGAGUACAGGAGACUCCAAUUAUGAGGAGAAUAGUAUUAAGAAGGACUGUGCAAUAGUAAAUGAUGAUGCAAGCACUGCAAAGUGGAACUCUGAGCAGAGUUACUCCUCACUUGAAGCAUCAUUUGACAGUGGAGUGAGAUCUCCUGAUAUGUUCUCUGAUAAUGAAGAAGAUGAGAGUCAGUUGCCUUCAGAACCGGAGCCAGAACCCUUUUGGAGUUUCCUGCCAGACUUUGAGACCCAUGACAAGAGAAAAGUUAGAAAAAUUGAGGAAACCCUCCAAGGAGUCCUGCCACCACCAUCAGUGACCAUCAUAAAGACUGAUGUGACAGAAAUGCUGAAGAAGUACUACUGCCACUUACCAUUGUUUGAUGAUAAUGCAAAAGCUGUGAUGCCUGACAUAAAUCCUACUACACCAACUAAAAGAGUUUCGUUCAUUGAAAUUCCUGAGAAUGUUAAAACUCAUGAUACUGAUGGAAGCAGCAGUAGAAGUUUUAAUAUAGAGAAAAGAAGUUCUUCAGCUGCUGAAUUGGAUACCAGCAUCAAUGAUAGGAGUGUGCAUUUGAAAAUGAGUAGUAUGGUUGAAGCUAAAGAUACGCAAUGGCCUGAUGUCAUUAAGUGCCGAUAUUAUGAUGUGUACUACAACAUAACCAAGCACUCUGAGAAACUAGAGCAGCUAGCAUUACGUUAUGGAGAGAGAUAUGUUGGUGCCGAGACUGAUACAAGUGUAAACAUUCACUCCGGAGGCAUGCAGUCACCCACUAGUGCUUCUAAGAGGAAGGCGCUGAGGCUCAAGAUGGCUCAAUGCAAGUCCCCGGGCCGCCGUCUGUCGCACCUGGCGCGUCGGAGACAGGCGUUCGCCAGCGCAGCCACCAUCAACGAGAAGGCUCAAGCGUCCACCGCCAAAAUGGUGCUGAUCGAUAAGAAUUUCUUCCCACACAGGAAGCUGAUCAACUCAUCUGAAAGGAAGAGUCCGCGCACGAGACGUACGCCGGGCAAGAGAACACCAGUCCGUAAGACUCCUGGUAAGAAAACUCCAGCGAAGACUCCCAAGACACGAAGCGGCGGUUCCAGCAGGAAGAAGGCUAUGAGACGGCUGCUCAUGGACGCUGACCAUCUGACCAGAUCACAGCCAGCCCGAGAGACAUUAAAAAGGGCUCUGUUCAGUCCGGAGAAUAGGAAACCCGUUCCUCCAGCACCUUCGUCCUCCGUGCCAGCUCAAGCCAUGAAGUCCAAGCGAGCUCUAUUCGGCUCACCAGUCCGACCAGCCGAGACAAAGAGUAUGGAUGGCACACAGAGUGAUCAGUUCCUAAAGAGAAAGCGCGACCCGUUUGAUGAUGACAAUGACAACGGAAGGAGUAAGAUAGCAAAGAGUUUGUCAUUUGGCGGUGAUACGAUUGGGAGCUCGCAUUCACAUAAUUUUGCUCGACGAGCGUCAGAGGCAUUUACCAGGCAGACUAGUGAUUUGAAUGAGACUCACAAAAAGAAACUAUUGUGGGCGGUCUCCGAGGCUCUACGUGUUCAUGGUUGGCGCAUGUCUUCACCUGGGUUCCGUGAGAAGGCGUCAUCAUUGGCGCGACUCACGCGCCGAUUACUGGCGCUUCCUCCUCAUGCUGCUAAACUGGCUGCACCUAAGUUCUCCACUUCUGAAGUUAUGCUCAAGAUUGCUCGUCAAUACGUGUUCGCAAUCAUACAAGGCCGCUCCGUCGACGAGUGUUUCCAAGAGGAACAGAUGAAACUCGCUAACGAAGCCAACAACAAAGUAACAGGCUAUAUUUCAGCCUCCGCCUACCAACAGAUGAAAGCUCGACAGAUGAUCCCCAGCACAUCAACCUCACAGAUCAAAGAGAACACCCAUAGUAGUGGAAUUAAACAGGAACAACCGAAAAGUGGCUCCAAAAAUAUCCUUCAGGACAAACUAGUAAACAUAGACAGUAAUUCCAACAGCAGCAGUGGUCUUAGCAUGCUCGACAAGACCAAUCUAGGGUUCUUCAAGUCCAAUUCCAUGCCCUCAUUCGAAGAAGCAGCUAAAAUGAGAGCACGUCGACAAAUUAGUUUCGAUAAUAUUGACUUCCCGAAGAGAUAAACUGCAUGUAACGGCAAAAACUAUUAACAUUAUGUACAUAUUAUUAUUAGUGACUAGUUUAAGUUUAUGUCGACUUCAGCAAGAUUUAGUAGAACUUAUUAUUCUUAUGACUUCUCGAUUGUAGAAAGAUUUUUAGUAAUUUGUGAAUCAAUCGCUGUAAUAUUUAGCGAUGUUUAGUCAAUCUCAUCUUAGAUACUUCCUUUACAAAAGGUUGACUAUGAUGUAUUGUUAUGUCUCAUAUGUUUAUUUCGUUUUGCUUGACUAGCGACUAGUAGCCCAUAAACGACGUUUUCUUGGAUGAACAUUAGGCAAAUUGUAGAAUGAAACAUGAUAUUGCUGUAUUUGUAUUUCAUUGACUUUUUCGUGUAUGUAUGUGUUACUACUAUUGCUGAGUAUGAUCUCGGGUGUUAAUAUAAAAUAAUAAAUUAUUUUUCCUCGAUACAA